UCCGGUAGUGAGCCUAAUGCUAGGCCAGCUUAUCGAGGGAUUUGAUUAUUUUUCAUCUGAGGAAAGAUAUUUGUGACGUAAGCAUGGAUGGUUAUUCGUCGUGUACUCAAAAUGAAAUAAAGCAAUAUUUUUGUAUUUUUGCGCAUGGAUGGUACUAGACGUUGGGAAUGGGCCAGCUGGUGUGGGUACCUGAAACCUUUCUGUCCAGACAAACUUGUGCCUUUGUGAUUUUUGCAUUAUGUCCUUAACUGGUCAAGCCUUAGUGUGUCAUCCCCAUUCUUUAGAGACUCGUAAGGCUACAGAAAGUAAUUUUAUUCAGGAUGAUUCUUUAUGUGACAAAAGAAAUGUGGACCCUGAUAAUAUGGGACAUGAGCUGCCUUUCAAAAAAUUUAUCUCGAAUUACUGGAUCUUCCUGUGAAGCCCUACGACAUGCAGUAGCAGCCUUAAACCGAUUGGAUGAUUUUGUUUGUGAAAAAAUUGGUUCGGGAUUCUUCUCGGAAGUUUUCAAGGUAACUCACAAAACUACUGGACAAGUGAUGGUCCUUAAGAUGAAUACGUCUCUUAGCAACCGCCAGAACAUGCUUCGAGAGGUGCAGUUGAUGAAUCGACUGUCUCAUGCCAACAUCCUCAGGUUUAUGGGUGUCUGCGUCCACGAAGGCCAGCUACAUGCCCUGACUGAAUACAUUAACGGAGGGAGUCUGGAGCAGUUAAACUUGAACAAAAACGAAGCCCUGCCGUGGCCAGUGAGACUCAAGUUAGCGCUCGACAUCGCCCGAGGGAUGACAUACUUACAUUCACGAGGAGUUUUUCAUCGUGAUCUGACAUCCAAGAAUGUACUGAUCAAGAAAGAAGACUGCAACUUGACUGCUGUUGUAGGAGAUUUUGGUUUAGCUGAAAGAAUACCAGAUUAUGAGGGUGAUCAGGCUCACAGGCUUCCAGUUGUUGGUUCUCCCUAUUGGAUGGCACCAGAAUGUUUGAAAGGAGAAUGGUAUAAUGAAAAGGCCGAUAUCUUCUCUUAUGGUAUCGUUCUAUGUGAGUUGAUUGCCAGAAUUGAAGCAGACCCAGACAUCUUGCCAAGGACUGAGAAUUUUGGAGUUGACUAUAAAGCUUUCAGCAAGAUGUGUCCAGACUGUCCUCCUGGUUUUUUAAAAUUAGCACUGCACUGCUGUAGGAUUGAUCCUAAACAUCGCCCAUCAUUCAGAGUAAUAGCUGAGGAAUUAGAGGGUAUGGUUUCUCCUGAAAAACCAAAGUUCAAUGGAGUAGCAUACCGAUUUAAACAUGCCCCUUCUCCCAGUGAAAGAGAUGAAGAUGAAACAGAAAGCUACAAAAGUGUCCAAGCUAUCUUCAUUAACCGGAGAAGCUGGUGUGAAGAUAACCAACAGCUGAUGCCAGUUGAAACUCCUCGUAAGGUCAGGUCCUCAACUGCUGCUCCAGCAGUUACUCCAAAAGAUAUUGGAGAUGUAAUGUCAAAGGAUGACCCCCAUUACAAGCCCAACAGCAGCUCACAGAAUCCCUUCAAUACCCAUUUCCUUUUCAAGGGACAAAAGAAGAUUGUGGAACAGUCAAUAUUCUUGUCACCUAGCUGUUCUUAUGACCUUCCCUCUCCUUCAGGAGCACCAACUCCUCCUGGCAGUCCUAUCAGUCCUGAGGAAUCUUUGCCUCUGCCAAAAAUAACUCAGUCCAUAGGUCUUCAAAGACUUUCUGUACACUCUCAAGCUCCUUCUCCAACGUUAUUGCAGCAGAGACUGACACAAAUUUACAGUUGUAUGUCAGAUAUUUCUCUGCCUGAAUCUCCAAACUCCCUUUAUUCGGAACCACCAGAUGAGAACACACUGGUAAUACCAAGUUCCGUCCAUAAUAACUCAUUAAGUUGCAAGCAAGGUGAGGAAGAAAAAGAUAAUGUUGGUUUAGUAUCAUUCACUGUAGGUUCCACUUUAUUGCCAUUUUUGCAGCACAGUCAAGUUUUUUCCAGUGCCAAAGUACAUAGUUCCUGCACAAACCUCAAAUUGGAUGGAUUAUGGAAUGUCAGUGACAAGUUUUCUUGUUGCUUUGAAAAAAAGGAGAAGGUGGAGAACUGCCUUAGUUUUGAGAAAGAUUCUAGUCGAGGGGUUCUGGGAAGGAAGAGGCCAUCAUCUUACCACUCUGAUGAUUCAGGUUGUUACUGUGGUGUCCCCUGCUCACCAAGGGUACCUGAAAUAGUGUUGCUAAAUGGAAGAAAUAAUAGCUACAGUGAUGUGGAGUCUAGUUUAGAAGAAUUAAGUAUGCAUGAGAGGUACUCUGUUACAAAAGAAAGUACAACUUUUACCACUUGUCAGCCUAUAAAGAACUUUUUGGUAUGUAAAGAACUCAAUCCUUCUGGGUGUGAGCCUAUUGCCUGCAAUGAAUGGGCAAGUUUGCCUUGCCAAAAUUUGAUUUUUAGUGAUGCUACUGAAGGUUCUGAAACAGUGAUUCAUCAGCCUUGUCCAAGUUCUUUUCAUUAUAGUAAUGGAAAGGUUUUUCAACCCAAAAGGACGGCCAAGUUUCUCAAGACAACUGAGGAGCAAAAUGAAAGAUUAGAUUAAAGAAGAAAGAAAGUCACAAAAAAGAUUGAAAGAAAAAUUGUAGAUUUUAUAAGACUUUUGUUGGCUUACUUGGAUGCAACAUGUUUUGUUUGACAGGAUUUUUACAUGCAAUAUUUUGUGAGCUCUAAAGAAAAUCUUCAAUGUGUUUUGUUGUAAAAGUUUGGUUUAAGAGCUUGUUCAUGUUUGAAUUGAGUAAAUAUUGUGGAAUGUAUGGUGUAACUCAGUAAAAUAUAACAAAUGUAAUAAAAACAACUUUAUUUUUAAAGCAAAUUAAAUUUCUUUCAGAACUUUUUGCUUCAAUAAAAAAUAAAAUUACUUACAGCAAGCUGUUGACUAAUAAAACAGUUGAAAUAUAGGGAUCUUAAAUUUUUUUAUAUAUAAAUUUAACAACCUUUGGGAAGUGUAAAAAAAGUGGUGAAAAUAGCUUGAAAACAACAACAAAAACAAUCUUAUAAGCAACCUAAACAAAAUUUCUUGUGUUGAUUGGAAGUCUGAAAAUAACUAAAACCAACUACUUAAUAGUUCUUGUGUAAACUUCCAGUUACUGAGUACCACACAGUAGUUUGGUUUUUUUCGAUGUGAAAAUGAAGUAGUCUUCCAGUUUUAAAAGGAAAUAUUUAUUGUCAAUGAACUUUGGUAGAUUUUUGUAAAGUCAAUUUGUUUGGUGAAGUUUAAAGCCCUUGAUUCAUGUAAAUCUCAUAGAAUCCUUUAUAGUGAGAUAUAUUCUUGUUCAAAAAAAUGAUUUUUCAGAAUUAAUUUUUGUGAUAGAUAAUCCUUUUCUACUUAAAGGCAGCUUUAUACUAGUUUUCCUAAUCUUUUGAAUUGAGUGGCCUUUUGUAAAGUUGCUCAUCAUGGCCCUAUGGUCAGUUAAUAAUAUUAAUCUAAGACAAAAUUCUGAAAUUUUGAAAAUAUGUAUUCAUAUAUGAAGUGUUUCUGUCAAGUAGAAUAAUAUACUCUUCAAAUUCUCUUACGUACAGUGUUCAUAAGUUAUUGAGAGAAUCAGUGGUCUUGGUGAUGUAGUUGGUCUAUCUAGUUUACCAGCUUUUUCAUCCUCUGUUAGAAAUUAGUUUUCUUUUUCCUCUUUAAAAUAUAUGUAAAAAAGGCACACAAGUAUCAUCAUUUAAGUCUUUUUUCCUAAAUUGAAUUUAUAAAUGUUGAGUUAUGAAAUUGUUAUUCUAAAGACAAGCAUUAUUAUUGAACUACAAAUUUUUUUAGUGUUUAACAAUUAAAGGUAUUCAAACGUAUAUAGUAUACAAUAUUUUUUUUGAUUGGCAGAAUGUGUACAAACCAUGUAUAGAAUAACAUUUAAUCAUUAAAAAAAUCAGCUAUUUGCUCAUUACUUAAAGAAAUGAAAUUUAUAUAAUUGUAUAAACACAACACUACUAGUGUAUGUUUUCCAAGUUUUCAAUUAUGAAUUACUAGUAUUUGUAUUAUAUAUAUAUAUAUAUAUAUACCUACAGUUUAGUAGUGGUAUGGUGAAGAUAGUAAACUUUCCAUUAGAAGUGUGAUUUCUGCAACCUAACACUAGCAUCAUGCAGUACUGCAGAAAUGCUUACAAGUAAUUUUCCCAAAAAUGUAAACUAAUCAAAAUUUUUAUUGUGACAUAAUUGCAUAACAAAAAUGUCCAUUCAAACUAUGCAUAUUCAGUAUUUUUUAAAGCAAAAUUUUGUAUUUUUAUAGUAUUUACUAAAGUUUUAGUCACCUUAAAUUUUAUAAACACUCAAAUUUUUUUUUAAAGAAAAGUCUUUUUGUUGUUGAUGUCUUGUUUGAAAGAGAAGAUAAUAUAUUUCUACUGAUGAGUUGCUGUAUAUACAUGUAAGUAGAUGAUAAAAAUGUGAAACAGAUGGUGUAAAAUAUAGUAGUUAUUUUUUAUGCUCACAUUUAAAUUCAGCUUCUUAAGAUUGAAAUAUGUUUAUAUGAAGCUUUUUAUGAAAUUAGUAAAAAUAACAGAAUUGGUUGUUCACAGUGAUGCAUUUUCUCUCUCCAAACAAUAUACACCACAUACAGUGAGUUCCAGAUAACUACUAAUGUAAGUGAAAAUCAAUUCUUAAUUAUCACUGAUUAAGAUUGUAUUAGUGUUUACUAAACAAAAUU